AUGGACACCUCCCUCAAAGGACCCGGCCAAGCCCAAAAACACGACGGCAGCGCCCUCCGCAUCGGAAUCGUCCACGCGCGCUGGAACACCUCCAUAAUCGAGCCGCUGCUCGCCGGUACAAAAAAGACGCUCUUGGCCAGCGGCGUCAAGAAAGCGAAUAUUGUCGUGCAAUCCGUGCCCGGGAGUUGGGAAUUGCCAAUUGCGUGUUCCAAACUCUACUCCGCCUCUCAAAUUCAAUCCACGCAAAGUUCCUCCCUCUCCGCCGGCGACCUCCUCGGCUCCUCCACCACCGACCUCACCUCCCUCCCCACGCAAUCACAAAGUACCGCCUCCACCGCGCCCUUCGAUGCCAUCAUCGCCAUCGGCUGCCUCAUCAAAGGCGAAACCAUGCAUUUCGAAUACAUAGCCGAGAGCGUUUCGCAAGGUCUGAUGCGCAUUCAAUUAGACGCCGGUGUGCCUCUUAUUUUUGGUCUCUUGACGGUUCUUACGGAGGAUCAGGCGCUCAUGAGAGCGGGUGUAGGGACAACCGAGAAGGGGAAGGGACACAAUCAUGGAGAGGAUUGGGCUGCUGCCGCUGUGGAAUUGGGUGUUAAGAAGAGGGAGUGGGCUGCCGGAAAGAUUGCAUGA